AAUGUUCCAUUUAGCGACGGAGAAAGAUGGAGGUCUGAGCUGUUUCCGGGCGCUACAACCACCUGUCCGCGACGAAGGGUGGGUUUCUACCAUCUCCUCAGCUUCAAUAGCACUCAGAAGUUUCAGGUCCAUGCAGUGUUGAGGAGACACCUGGUCGUGUUCUGCCUUGUGGUAUAAUAAUUGACCUGACUUGACCCCAUGAUGUCCAGCCAUGCUGUUCUACCAGGUGUCUGAUGACCCCCCAGGACAGGCUGCAGGCAUGGCAGAGAAGUGCAAGACAUGUGGCUGCAACUGUGGAGGCCAGGGUGCCAAGUACCGUGAGCAGGCGGAGGAGAUCAGGAAGAGGAUGGUGUACUCCAGCCACAGGAUUGAGGUGAUGGAGUCGGAGUUCCUGGAGAUCCGGGAGAACCUGGAGGAUGAGCUGAACGACACGGCCGAGGAGCUGCAGGCACUGAAGGACAAAUUCUACAGGCUGGAGAGAAGCCAUAAGUCCCUGCAGAGGGUGAAUCAGGACCUGGAAGAGAAGCUGCUUUCUAUGGCUGCACAGAGUGAGCGUACGAAGGCCUCCCUGAACAGAGACAUCCUGGAGAUGACAGAGAAACUGAUGAACACCAGGCUGGCUCUCAACCAGCUGGAGGAGUCAAACGACCGCUAUCGGAAGGAGUGUAACUUGGCAGCCCAGCUACUCCAGUGUAAUCCUCACAACUUUGUCUCUCCAAAAUUCAGCUCACUCCCCCCAGAGCUGCAGGAGAGACUGCAACAGCACAUGGAACAGGUCACCAAGAACCACAGGAAGGCCAAGGUUUCGCAGUCUGCCCCUGGCGCACCGGAGGACGCUGUCAUCCCUACUGCCGUCCUGGCUGAGGUGCUCCAGAAGCCACAUCCGGUCCGCACUGUCCGUGGUGUGGGGGCACGGAGAGAGAAGAUCCUGUUUGAUGCCUGUGUACAGACCAACCCAGAGGACAUCGAUCAGGGACAGGGGAAAGUGAUUAAAGCAAAACCACUACGAUUCACAGCAUAUGGCGUGGAUAUGGGGAACACAAGAGAGACUCCAAAAACAACAGAAACUGAGAAACCCACAGGAGAGUGGCAGCCAAUCAGGCUCACUGAAGGCCAGGCCGCACCCACGACCUCCAAAGAUACUCUAAAGGUCAGAGCCUUCAUGCCCAUAUCAAGAGGCAAGGACACAGGGCAGAACCUGGAGCAGAAACCCCGACAAACACAGGAUGUUCAGAGGCCCUCUGCUCCUGCUCCACAGCUGGCCCAAGGUGGAGAUGCUGGACGUAACGUACAGAAGCAACUCCUCGAGAACAUCAAUGGCAAGUGGGAAUCACAAGAGGGAGCUGAGGCCAGGAAGGUUUACUUAAGGGCAGUAGGAUCAUCACAUUCAAGUCCAACCAAAGCAAGAAAGAAGGAAGCAGAGCAGGCUUCAAUAGGAAGUACCAAAGGCAGGGCUAAAAAGAUAGGACCUGCUACAGAAGAAACAGAACCACUACUAGAUGGUAAGUACUGUGAGUCUUCAGAUGGUGCCAAUGCAACAAUCAGCGUCAAAAGACAAAAGAUCCCUUCUUCCAUGUCUAAAGGGAUGAAGUCAGAAGCAGACCAGACACAAGCAGGAAGCAAAAGACUGAGAGUUAAGAAGACUGGACCUGAAGGUGAAGAUGGAGAGGAGACAGAACCACUGCUUGAAAAGGGUGCAGAAAGAAAUGGUGAACCAGGUGGUAAAAGUCAUGUUAAGAAAGUUCAUCCUCAAGCCAAGACAUCCAGAGACAUAAAGGCAGAGUCAGGAUCGACCUUUGAAGGUAGUACAAAAGGAAAGACCAGAAAAACUGCAUCUGUCUCUGAAGAAACUGAGCCACUACUAGAAAGGGAUGAUAAUAGACUCUCUGAAGAUGAUAGUACAGAUUCUGUGUCGUUUCCUCAAGCAACAGAUCUAGAGCUGAGCACAGCAGCAAGCAGAGCUAAAAAGACUGCCUCUGUAGCAGAAGAAACUGCACCACUACUGGAAGAUAGCUGUGAGAGAGCCUGUGAGCUGACUGAUGAUUCCAUUGUUGAAGUUGAGGAGAAAAGACCUUCAACAGGUCACUCUAAAGGGAUGAGGCCAGAACAGACUAUAGCCAUGACUGGCAAAGUCAAGAUUAAGGCAACUGAUCCAGUGGUGGAAGAGAAGCCUCUCAUUGACCUUGAAAGUAACAUUGAGGCACAGGACAAAGCCUUUGGAAGAGACCAUUCUACACAGGCUGAAGGCCCGUCCUCGUUUUCAGAAUCCACAGAGAUGAAACCAGAGGCAGACCAGGCACAUGUAGAUAGUACUACCCUGAAGACUUCAUCUGGUGCUGACCCUCAAACCUCAGAUCUUUCUCAGACGAAAAGUCCUACUUCUGCUCCUGAAAACAAAGAUGCCAAACCACCUUCUGAGUCAACAACACAAGCUACACAACAAUCUGGAGCCAGACCAAAGAGCACAGUUAAAAAGGCAGGUGGAACUAAGGUGAAGAAAGUCACAAAAACCGGAGCCAAGAAAACUGGAACCAAGAAGAAAGCGAAAACAACCAUGGUAAGUGGUGAGAAGCAAGACAAGGCUAAAGAGAACAGCAGUCCCACCCAGGACAAACAGAAUGGUAGUCCAAUCCAGGAAAGAGAAGGGGGUUCAGAUGAGCCUGAGUCACAGCAGCAUCUAAAGGAUGACAACACUGUCAGCAAAGACAACAGCAAUGUUAGUGAGGCAACACAGAAGUGUCCUCGUAAGGACUCGCAGACUGUGCAAGGACUACACAAAGAUACUGAGCAAAAUACUGAAGAAGAAAACAAGGGAGCAGAAAGCAAGCAAGAAGGAAGCCCAGAUAAGGACUCUGUAGAAGUUACACCAGUUAGCCACCAUGCAGAGGAGGGAUCAGAAGAAGCACAGAGUGAAGAAGAGGAAAGGGCACAGAGACGACGUAAUAGUCUGGAGGCUGCACAGCUCGCAGGAAGUUUGUUGGACUUCUGAGAAAACAAUCCAUAUGUGGCUAGAUGAGAUGACUGAAGCUGCACAUUGGAUGACAUAGUCAAGACCGUCAUGUAUCAGGCUUUCAAUGAUAUCAAAUAAGCAUGGGUAGUAUGUAAGAUACAAAGGUAUAGAUAUUGACAAAACAAAUGUUUGUGAAGAGUUUGAAGCACUGUGUAAGUGAUCCAAACAACUAUGCAAGAUGUUUUAUGCUGUGUGCUAGAUCUAAUAUAUUAUUAGAUAGUAUUAAAUGGAAAAAUAACAUACAGUUAAGAAGUUUAAGUGUCUA